GUAUAUAUUGCACGUAUUUUGUAUUAUCGUAUAUUAAUGAAAGGUACGUAAAAAUCUGCUUUAGAUGCUCUGAGAUUGAUUGGUUACGUCUGCAGAACAUGGCGUCCUGACGUCUUAAGCAGAGUUUUGAUAUCCAGCACUGAAGUAUGCAGAAAUGUGUUAACCGGUGGGCCCUUACAGCGAGUUAUCUUCCGAUUUUAUGAUCUUAUCCACAGUUUUCAUUCGAAGUAUUAGGUGUGUCUCGACUCUGUCCGUCAGAAUGAGUGAUCCGGCUGUCAAGAGGGUGGUGAGUGAUAUCAUUCGUUCUCCAGAAGACAAACGGGAGUAUCGAGGACUUGAUUUUACUAAUGGGCUGAAAGCCAUACUCAUCAGUGACCCCACCACUGACAAAUCGUCAGCCGCACUGGAUGUCCACAUAGGUUCUUUGUCAGAUCCUGAGAACAUUUCAGGACUGGCCCACUUCUGUGAGCACAUGCUGUUUCUGGGCACUGAGAAGUACCCCAAAGAGAACGAGUACAGCCAGUUUUUGAGCGAGCAUGCCGGCAGCUCCAACGCCUUCACCAGUGGAGAGCACACAAAUUACUACUUUGAUGUAUCCCAUGAGCAUCUGCAAGGGGCAUUGGACAGGUUUUCCCAGUUCUUCCUCUGUCCUCUGUUUGAUGAGAGCUGUAAGGACCGAGAGGUGAACGCAGUGGAUUCAGAACAUGAGAAGAACCUCAUGAAUGAUGCAUGGAGGCUGUUUCAGUUGGAGAAAGCCACUGGGAACCCCAAACACCCUUUUAGCAAGUUUGGCACUGGCAAUAAGUUAACUCUUGAGACAAGGCCAUCUCAACAGGGCAUCGAUAUCCGUGAGGAGCUGCUCAAGUUUCACUCCACCUUCUACUCCUCCAAUCUGAUGGGAUUGUGUGUGCUGGGCAGAGAGACGCUGGAUGAUUUGACAUCUAUGGUGGUGAAACUUUUUGGAGAGGUAGAGAACAAGAAUGUCCCCAUCCCAGAAUUCCCAACACACCCUUUCCAGGAGGAACACCUGAGGCAAUUUUAUAAAGUCGUGCCUAUCAAGGACAUUAGAAACUUGUACGUGACCUUCCCCAUCCCCGACCUGCAGAAGUACUACAAAUCAAAUCCUGGUCAUUAUCUGGGCCAUCUGAUCGGACAUGAGGGUCCAGGGAGUCUUCUGUCUGAGCUCAAAUCUAAAGGAUGGGUGAACACGCUAGUCGGAGGCCAGAAAGAAGGAGCCAGAGGAUUCAUGUUCUUUAUAAUUAAUGUGGAUUUGACAGAAGAGGGGCUGUUGCAUGUCGAGGAUAUCAUCUUCCACAUGUUCCAGUACAUUCAGAAGCUGCGGACGGAGGGCCCUCAAGAGUGGGUCUUUCAGGAGUGCAAGGAUUUGAACACUGUGGCUUUCAGAUUCAAGGAUAAGGAACGUCCUCGUGGAUACACGUCUAAAGUGGCUGGACUACUGCAUUACUAUCCGCUGGAGGAAAUCCUAGCUGCAGAAUACUUACUGGAGGAGUUCAGGCCAGACCUCAUCGAGAUGGUGCUUGAUAAACUGAGGCCGGAGAAUGUCAGGGUCGCUGUGGUCUCCAAAUCAUUUGAAGGACAGACAGACCGGACUGAGGAGUGGUACGGCACACAGUAUAAACAGGAAGCCAUUACUGAUGAGGUUAUUAAGAAAUGGCUAAACGCAGACCUCAAUGGAAAGUUCAAACUGCCAAUGAAGAAUGAAUUCAUCCCAACAAACUUUGAGAUUUACCCUCUAGAGAAGGAUUCCCCAUCUGCCCCCACCUUGAUAAAGGACACUGCAAUGAGCAAAGUUUGGUUCAAACAGGAUGACAAGUUUUUCCUGCCCAAGGCUUGUUUAAACUUUGAGUUUUUCAGUCGCUACCUAUAUGCAGACCCGCUGCACUGCAACAUGACUUACCUGUUUCUCAGGUUGUUGAAGGAUGAUUUGAGAGAGUAUACAUAUGCAGCCCGCCUGGCAGGGUUGGUCUAUGGCAUAGCCUCGGGAAUGAAUGCCAUCCUUCUGUCAGUGAAGGGUUAUAGUGACAAACAACACAUCCUGCUGAAGAAGAUCAUGGAGAAAAUGGCCACAUUUGAGAUUGAUGAGAAGCGCUUUGAUAUCAUUAAGGAGGCGUACAUGAGGUCUCUGAAUAAUUUCCGCGCUGAGCAGCCUCACCAGCACGCCAUGUAUUACCUGCGGCUCCUCAUGACCGAGGUGGCCUGGACCAAAGACGAACUCAGAGACUCUCUGGAUGAUGUGACGUUACCUCGUCUGAAGGCGUUCAUACCUCAGCUGUUGUCACGGUUACACAUUGAAGCCCUGCUGCAUGGCAACAUAACCAAACAGUCUGCUCUGGGCAUGAUGCAAAUGUUGGAGGACACUCUCAUUGAGCAUGCUCACACUAAACCCCUGCUACCGAGUCAGCUGAUACGCUACAGGGAAGUGCAGGUGCCUGACGGUGGUUGGUAUGUUUACCAGCAGAGGAACGAUGUUCAUAAUAACUGUGGAAUCGAGAUUUACUAUCAGACGGACAUGCAGAACACCCAUGAGAACAUGCUGCUGGAGCUCUUCUGUCAAAUCAUCUCUGAGCCAUGCUUCAACACGCUACGCACCAAAGAACAGCUGGGUUACAUUGUGUUCAGCGGCCCUCGCAGGGCCAAUGGGGUGCAGGGUCUGCGUUUCAUCAUCCAGUCUGAAAAAGCUCCUCACUACCUGGAGUCUCGUGUGGAGGCCUUCCUCAAGACCAUGGAGAAGAGUGUGGAGGAGAUGGGAGAGGAAGCGUUUCAGAAACACAUCCAGGCACUGACCAUUCGCCGUCUCGACAAACCCAAGAAGCUGGCGGCCGAGUGUGCCAAGUACUGGGGAGAGAUCAUCUCCCAACAGUAUAACUUUGACAGGGAUAAUAUUGAAGUUGCUUACCUGAAGACACUGACUAAGGAACACAUUAUGCAGUUUUACAGGGACUUGUUGGCCAUCGAUGCCCCCAGAAGACACAAGGUGUCCGUGCAUGUGCUGUCUAGAGAGAUGGACUCCUGUCCAGUGGUUGGAGAGUUUCCUGCUCAAAAUGAUGUCAAUCUGGCUCCUGCCCCCUCACUUCCUCAGCCAUCAUUAGUUCAGGAUAUGACCGAAUUCAAAAGGAGUCUGCCGCUGUUCCCUCUCACCAAACCUCACAUCAACUUCAUGGCUGCCAAACUGUGACCAGCACCAUGGGAUUGUCAGAGACGCCCAAUUAUGGAGCCAGUAACAUCGUUGUCUGUCUGUUUGUGUGAGUGUGUGUUUGUGUGCGUGUGAGCAGGCAGGGCCACAACAGUGGUGCUUGCAACAUUUUUAGUUAGAAAAC